AAAGACUUGAAGGCACCAAGAUGGAGCUCUGAGUGAAUACUGAGCUGAAUUCAGAGGCCGUCUGUGGAAUCAGAGAAGAUAAAUAAUCAGAGUUCUUCAUUGUUAUUAGAGUCUGAAGCAGGAAUAUUAGAGAUGAUAUUAAACACUGAUGAAGACAGAAUAAAUAAUGAGAUAUUUAUGUCUUCUUAUAUUUACAGAUGAACCUACAACGCGCAGCAGCUUUGAACUUCUGCCUCCUCAUAUGUCUGAUCUGAGGCUGAAGGACAAAAAAGAUCAUGUGACCUGUGAUGUUUCUAAAGAACCAACUUCUGUUCCAGCUGCUGGUCAUCAAGAAGAAGACGUCAGUGUCGGCUUGGAUGCUGCUGAACGUACUGCACCUGAACUCAGGAUUGUGUUGUUUGGAAAAAGUGACGACAAAAAGGCAGCACUGGGAAACAUCAUUGUGAGGAAGAAAGAGUUUUCUGUCCCAGGAUUCUUAGGAGGAAAACAGUGUGAAGCUGUUCAUGGAACAUGGAACAUGAAACCUUUAACAGUCGUGAAAACUCCAGAUGUCUUCAGUCUGUCUGUAGAGAAAGUGAGAGAAGAGAUGAAGAGAUGUGUGGAUCUCUGUUCUCCUGGACCAAAUGUUCUGCUGCUGUUAGUGAAACCUUCAGAUUUCACCGAAGAAAACAGAAAAACUCUGAAGUUCAUCCUGAGUCUGUUUGGUGAAGAUUCCUUCAAACACUCCAUGGUCAUCAGCACAUACAACCAUCAGUGGAACGAAACGAGCGUCUCUGUGAACCAGCUCCUUCAAGAAUGUGAUGGACGACACUACAAGAUGUUUACUAAUGACCACGGACUGUUCAUGGAGAAGAUCGAGAACAUCGUCCAUGAAAACAAAAGAACCUUCCUCACCUUCACUGAAGAGACAAGAAGAUCAAAGUCUGAACCCAGCAAACCAAAAGAAAUGGAGAAAAUCCUGAAGAAGGAAGAUGAGAUGAAGAGAAAGAUGGAGGAGCUGGAGAGAAAACAUGAGGAAGAAAUGAAAAGAAGAAUAGAAGAAGAGAGAACAGAAAUUGAAGAGGAGAGAAAAGUGAGAGAAAAGCAACUUCAGGAAAAAGAGGAAAACAUUAAGAAGGAGCGUGAGGAGAGAAAGAAAGAACAGAAAAUGAGAGAAGAAGAGGAGAAGAACAGGAAAGAGCUGGAAGAAAAUCAGCGACAGAAGUGGAAACAAGAACGAGAAGCUUUGGAGAGAAAAAUCAGGUCAGAAUCAAAGGAAAAGGGAACCAUUGACAGAAAACUGGAGGAGAGUAGACGAGAAAUGAAAGAAAACCAAGAAACCUGGGAGAAGGAACAAGAAGAAUGGUGGAGAAACAGAGGUCAGGAAGAUGAACAGAGACGUCAGGAGGAACAAGAAAGACUGAGAAAGCUUCAAGAAGAAUAUGAUCAGGAGAGACAGAGACAUGAAAACCAAAGAAGAGAAGAAGAUCGAAUCAAACGAGCACAAGAGGAGAGAGAGAGGAAAGAAAAGGAGGAAGGUUACAAGAAAACAUGGAGGAGAUGAAGAAGAAAUAUGAAAAAGAAGCAAGAAAACAAGCUGAAGAGUUGAAUGAGUUCAAAGAGAAAUACAGCAAAGACUCUGAAGCUCUGAAGGAAAAACAUGAAGAGGAUCUGAAGAAUCUAAAGAAGAAGCAUGAAGCAGAAAUAAAACAGCAACAGGAAGAACACAGCAAAGAGUACGAUCUGUUAAAGAAACAGUCAAGUCACAAAGAAAAGGAACUCAGAGAAGAAAUAGAGAGAAAAGAAAAAGAGAAGGAAGAAGUAGUUAAAGAAAAAACAAACUUAAAAGAUGAAAUGAAGAACAAAGAAAAACAACUUAAAGAACUGGAGGAUUUGAAGAAAAAGCAAGAACAAGAAAUAAAGGAUUGGA